ACACUCGCCCGGUUUGUUUACACUGUUAGCAGUGGCGGUGGUUUUAAAAAGUGAAAAUGAGUAAUGAGUUUCCUGACACUGAUAUAGAUAUGAAAUUUGAAAAACUAAAGACAAAAUACUUAGGAAAAAGGCACCAGAUUUCUGACUGUGUAAGAGCACCAGUGACAGUAAAGUGUGAUUUGAAUAUGGAAAAUCUGGCAAAAGUCAGUGCCGUUUCUAGAACAGAAGACAUAGAUAGUUUACCCAGGUGUCAAGAGAUGAAAAACUACAGCAGAGCACUCAAGGAGCUUUACCAUGCUGUCUCACAUCAACCUGGCAGUGGACUUGGCUGGGAUGAUAGCAUUUCAGGUGGUGAAGACGAGCUCAGCAACAGAAUGGAUGACUUGGAUGAAACCAACAUCCUGUGGACAGAGACUGAUGUGACGCUGCCCUCAAACCUAAUGGGCACUUCCAGCUCGUUCGAAAUGGAGCCAUCUUGGUUUAACAGAGAGGAAAUGCGGGAUCAAAUGAGGAGCCCAACAUCUACUGAACAAGUGUACCAGGAGAUGAUUCAGAUUUAUAAAAAACUGCAGGUACGGGCAGCAGAGCUGUAUGAACGUGAACAGGAGCUUAAGCGAAGAGAGAAGCUGUUCCUGAAGCACCAGGGCACCCUGAGCAGACUCCGUACAGUAGAGGAAGACAUACUGGACCGGAUUAAUGCCAUGCAACAGCAACACCAGCAGGAGACAGAGCAGCUGAGGGCGGCACUGAAAGAAAAAAACAAAGAAAUCAAAAGAAUGAAGUCCAGUUUUGAUUCCAUCAAGGAGCUGAAUGAUACCAUGAAGAAACAACUAAAUGAGAUGAGUGAGCAGAACACAAUGCUCGAGAAGCAAGCUCGUAAGGUUCAGGCUCGACUAGAAAACCUGCAGAGAAAGCAUGAGUAUUGCGUGGCGCACAAAAGUCGAGAAAACGUAGUGCCUAAGUCAUGUGAUCACAAACCCUCCAAUCAGGACAAACCUCAACAUUCCAACAAGGCUAGCAAGAAUUUAUCCAGCAGCACAACAGUGAAGCUGCUCACAUCUCUGAUGGACUGGAUUGUGGUUGGACCACCUUUUUUGUGUGACGACCUGAAAGCUGAGAAUGAGUUUGACUUGUGUGGUGUUCCACAUCUCUCCCUACAUGAACGUUGUUCCAAGGUUCUUCCAGUUUUGGUGGAGCAGCUUUACCAUGCCGAACCAGUCCUACAGUUACCAUUACUGAGAUUUAUCUACUGCUCUCUCACAGAACUGGAACUCAACACACAGCAUCUACUAUUAACCUCAACUUUAAGAAGAUUGGGGGAAGAAAUAAAUCGAAAAUCACCUCUUUUUCUCAGAAGCUCCUGCCUUCAUACACGCUUUUUGUCCUCCAUCAUCAUCCUCAAAACCAUCAGCCAGGCAGACAUUGUGGCCCAAGCUCUUGAGGUUUUGCACAGCAUUUUGGGAGGUGACGAGGGCCGUGGCCUCUUUCUAAAAUACAAAGCCUUGCCAACAAUUUUAACUCUACUGAGGACGGGAAGUCCAGGGCUGCUUGCUACAUCGCUGGAUGUCCUGCUACAGAUGAGUUCAGGGUCACGCCACCUUUCUGCCUUCCUGGAUGCAUGUAGCACUGAUCAGUUCUUCCGCUGCACCGCGUUACUUCUGCGAAACCAACGUCUGGACCUUGCCAUUGCUGAAAAGCUUAGCGUCCUUCUUCAGAAGCUGUCGGGAAUCAGGAAGAACCGGCGACUGUUUGAAGCGUCUUCACUUCACCUCCUUCUGCAGCAAAUGCAACGUUCAUCUGAUCCCGCUCGAGCUUUCCUGAACAUCAACCUCAGCUCUGUGCUUUUUAAUCUGGGCAUGAACACUCAUUCCUAACUGACCUGCUCCCCCCAAAAAUAAUCCAAAUAAUCAUGAUGCUCCCUCCACAUUUUUAUUAUGUUUAUUUAUUCUGAAUCAGCCUUCAAUAUGUAAAAGGUUAAACGCAGUGUUGGGAUGAUGGGCUGAACACCAACGUUUUCAUGCUUUUCUAACUUCGAGUCUUACCAUUUAAUUUUUUUUACAUAUUACAUUUUGGUGUGAAAAUUCUUUUAAUUAUGGUUAUUAUUAUAAAUAUUUGUUUAAAAUGGACCAAAAUGGUUAAUAAAUAUUAAAGCGUG